AUGGCCCAGCAGAUACAGGGAAAGACAGCGAUUGUCACGGGUGCUGGCUCUGGCAUCAAUCUCGAGUUUGCCCGUCUUCUUCUGGAACAUGGCGCCAACGUCCUGUUUGCCGACCUUGGCCUCAGACCAGAAGCUGAGAAAUUGGUCCAGAAGUAUCAAUCGACGGGCAACAAAGCCGUCUUCCAAAGAACUGACGUGGCUUCCUGGGCUGACCUCGAAGCCAUGUUUGCAGCCGCUCAGCAGCACUUUGGAUCCAUCGACAUUGUAUGCCCGGGAGCUGGAGUGUUUGAGCCUCACUGGAGCAACUUCUGGUACCCACCCGGGACGGAGAAGUCCAAGGAUGACCCAGCUGGAGGAAGGUAUGCGCUGUUGGACAUCAACAUAACGCAUCCCGUCCGUGUCACGCAGUUGGCCAUUUCCCACUUUUUAGCGGCGGACCCGCCGUGCAGCACAGAAAAUCCCAAGUCGAUUGUUCAUAUCGCCAGCAUUGCAGGCGAGAGCGCAAGUCUCACGUUCCCAUUGUACUAUGUGAGCAAACAUGGGGUUCAAGCGUUGGUGCGCAGCUUGGCCGAUCUGCAACAUCUGCACGGGAUACGUGUCAGCUGCGUGAUGCCGGGGGUGGUCAAAACACCCCUGUGGACCGACCACCCGGAGAAGCUGAAGAUUGUAAAACAAGAAGGGGAAGGGGCAGACAUCUGGGUGACGCCAGAGGAGGUGGCUCAGGUGAUGCUCGCCUUGGUCAAGGACAAUGAAAUUCCUAGUGUUAUAGCGAGCGGGAGCACAAGCACGAAUGGCGUCCACGGAGAGCAGAAGGACAUGAUCCAGAUCAAGGGAGGCACAUGUUUGGAGGUGCUUGCGGGCGCUGUGAGGGACGUGCCACUUUACAAUAACAUCGGGCCAUAUGCGACGGGAAAGCCAGGGGCGACUGUUACUGAUGGUGAGAAGAUAUACAAGGAGGUCCUUGGGGAGCUGAAGCCGGGGUGGGGGAAGUAUUGA